GCAGGAGCAGCAGAUGGGAUGAACUUGUCGCCUUACCUGCUUAAAGGAGCCCCUACCUGCUCCCGGGGGAUAAGUGGAUGUUUUCAGUCGUGGAAAGUUGAGAAAAAAGAGGAAACAUAGUGGACUGAGCAGGGAGGUCAUAUCUGGGUACAUUUGGGUAGGACCUAGAACAGAAGCGACAACAAUCUGGAUCUGAAAAGAAAACCAAGCAGCAUGCCUUGGCUGAAGAGAAGAGUGAGGAUGUUCCAGCUCGGAGUGACACACACACACCCUGAAGUUUUCUGCCAGCUGGGACUAUUUCUUUGCUAUGCAUCGGCCGGUUUCUGCACCAUUCCGCGGAACUGAGUGUGUUUUUUUUUUUUUUUUUAUUGUUUGUUUUUUUUUAUUCUGACCUGAGUUCACCAUGUCAAAAGUCAUCCAGAGGAAGAACCACUGGAUCACCAAAGUGAACGACUGCCUGGUCAGCCGGGACGAGCGUCUGGAGCUGGACGUGGAUCUGCGCGGUGGAGCAGAGAAUGGAGAGUUUGCGUAUGUGGGGAAACUUAAGGAGGAUGCUGUGGUGCACCGGGACGGAGGACCGUGUGUGGGGGAGCUGCUCCUGGAGGUGGAGGGGCUGCCCGUGUCGGGAUUACCCCUCUAUGACAUCCUAGCUGUGAUGGAGUGCUGCAAAGGUCCAGUCAGGUUGAAAACUGUGCGCCAAGGUCACAAGCUCAACAAGGACCUGAAGCACUACCUGAGCCUCAGGUUCCAGAAGUCCUCCCCCGACCACGAGCUGCAGAAGACCAUCCGAGCCAAUCUGUAUCGCCACGCUGUGCCUUGUACGACCCGCUCCCCUCGAGACGGAGAGGUCCCUGGGGUGGAUUACAACUUCCUGUCUGUGGAGGACUUCCUAGAACUUGAGGAUAGUGGCACUCUACUGGAAAUAGGAACAUAUGACGGUAACUAUUAUGGGACCCCCAAGCCGCCGAGGCAGCCCAUCAGUGGGACAGUGAUUCUCAGUGAUGCAGGCUCCCAGCAGUCCACCCCAAAGCGCACCAAGUCCUACAAUGACAUGCAAAACGCCCGCGUAGUGCCUGCUGACGACGACGAUGACGACCAGGCCACGGAAAUGAACAACAGUUUUACAGGUAACCCUAACGACCAGGACGAGAGCCGCGGCGGCAUCCUCCGGCCGUACCCCGCGCGUGACAAUGCUCCAUCCUGCGGUCUGAACAAUGCGGCCACCUCCACCGCCGAGAGCGGGCAGCAGACCCUCGCCGAGCCGCAGGUCCCCGAAGACCCGCAGGGCCCGCUGCCCGAGAACUGGGAGAUGGCCUACACCGAGAGCGGGGAGCUUUACUUCAUAGACACGGCAAAGGCACACCACCCGGACAUGGCUGUGUGUUUUCAGAGCUUCCACAACACAAAGACCACAUCAUGGCUGGAUCCUCGGUGUAGAGACAAAGGCUCCCGGCCGCUGGAGGAGUGUGACGACGAUGAAGAAGGGAUACAUACAGAAGAACUGGAGACGGAUCUAGAGCUGCCUCCAGGAUGGGAAAGGAUAGAAGACCCAGUGUACGGGGUGUACUAUGUAGAUCAUAUAAACAGGAAGACCCAGUACGAGAACCCAGUGGUGGAGGCGCGGCGUCGGAAAAUCCUGGAGCAGCAGCAGCCGCAGCCUCCAGAAGAGUGGAUAGAGGAGCACUCGUCAGCGGCGGCUCCGUUAGCGAACUACGCUCCAAACUACGCUCCAAACUACGCUGCACACCACCUGGAGACCUACAGGGACCCGCAGGUCCCACCAACUCUACCUCCCCUCCCCACAGGGGCCAAACGAGGGAAGCCUUUCUUCACAAGAAACCCAGCAGAGCUGAAAGGAACCUUCAUCAACACAAAGCUGAAGAAGAGUCGCCGCGGCUUCGGCUUCACCGUGGUCGGAGGCGACGAGCCGGAUGAGUUCCUGCAGAUCAAAAGUCUGGUGCUGGACGGGCCUGCAGCCGUGGAUGGCAAGAUGGAGACAGGCGACGUGAUAGUCAGUGUGAACGACACCAUCGUGCUGGGCUACACCCACGCUCAGGUGGUGAAGAUCUUCCAGUCCAUCCCCAUCGGCUCCAUGGUGGACCUGGCUUUGUGCCGCGGCUACCCGCUGCCCUUUGACCCCGAUGACCCCAACACCAGCCUGGUGACCUCGGUGGCCAUAGUGGACAAGGAGCCCAUCAUCGUCAACGGACAGGAAGCGUUCGACUCGCCUUCCAACAAGGGCGGACCCGUCAACGGCAUGAGGGAGCCGCGGCCUCACAGCCCCUCGGCGGAUGUGGCGUCCAACGGCUCUCACGGCUACUCCACCAGCGACGUGGUCAACAUGGCCUCGUCCAUAGCCACCCAGCCGGAGCUGAUCACCAUCCACAUGGAGAAGGGCGACAAGGGCUUCGGCUUCACAAUUGCAGACAGCCUGACGGGGGGAGGGCAGAGGGUCAAGCAGAUCGUGGACUACCCGCGCUGCCGUGGCCUAAAGGAGGGGGACAUUCUGGUGGAGGUCAACAAGAGAAACGUCCAGAAUAUGAGCCACAAUCAGGUGGUGGACCUACUGAGCAAAUGCCCCAGAGGCAGCGAGGUCACCAUGCUUGUGCAAAGAGGAGUGGUGCCAGCCAAGAGGAGUCCAAAGCUGGUGCACCAGUUAGAGAGGAAAGACAGCCAGAGCAGCUCCCAGCACAGUGUGUGCAGCCAUCGCAGCGCCCACACCGAUUCUCCCGGCCACCCGCCCUCUGCCAUGCCCAGCGAGGCUUUGGGUCCCACUCCUGCUGCCCCCACCCAGCCUCUGCCAGGCCUGCCCCCACAGGACCUCGCAGAUGGCACCCUCACCCUCCAGAAGAAGCCAGACCCCUUUAAGAUCUGGGCGCAGUCCAGGAGCAUGUACGAGAGCCGACUGCCAGAUUGCCAGGAGCAGGACAUUUUCCUUUGGCGGAAGGAUACAGGCUUCGGCUUCCGUAUCCUGGGAGGAAAUGAGCCGGGGGAACCUAUCUACAUCGGCCACAUAGUGAAGUACGGGGCGGCGGAUGAGGACGGACGGCUGCGGUCGGGUGAUGAGCUCAUCUGUGUGGACGGCACGGCGGUGGUGGGCAAGUCUCACCAGCUGGUGGUGCAGCUGAUGCAGCAGGCCGCCAAACAGGGCCACGUCAACCUCACCGUCAGACGCAAGUCCACCGGAUACGGAGUGUCAAAAGGAGAAGGUGACGUCCCCCCGUCGCCGGCCUCCUCCCACCACAGCAGCACCCAGGCGCCCAGCCUGACGGAGGGCAAGCGGACCCCCCAGGGGAGCCAGAACUCCCUCAACACCGUCAGCUCCGGCAGCGGAUCCACCAGUGGCAUCGGCAGCGGCGGCGGAGGCGGCAGCGGGAGCACGGUGGUGCCCGCCUCCCUGCAGCCGUACGACGUGGAGAUCCAGCGCGGAGAGAACGAGGGCUUCGGUUUCGUCAUCGUGUCGUCCGUCUCCAGACCCGACGCCGGCACCACCUUCGCUGGAAACGCUUGUGUGGCCAUGCCCCACAAAAUAGGACGCAUCAUCGAGGGCAGCCCGGCGGACCGCUGCGGGAAGCUGAAGGUCGGGGACCGAAUACUGGCCGUCAACUGCUGCUCCAUCACCAACAAGUCCCACUCGGACAUCGUCAACCUGAUCAAGGAAGCCGGGAACACCGUCUCGCUCAGGAUCAUCCCAGGUGAUGAAUCUUCCAAUGCUUCUCUGCUGACUAAUGCUGAGAAGAUAGCUACCAUCACCACCACACACACACCUCAACAGACCACAGAGUCCCGGAAUAACUCAAAGUCAAAAGGAGCUCCUCCCCCUCCGCCCAUACACAGUCAGACAACACAGGAUGCAGAGUUCUACUCCGUAGACCUGGAGCGGGACAGUAAAGGUUUUGGCUUCAGCCUGAGAGGAGGACGGGAGUACAGCAUGGACCUGUACGUGUUGAGACUAGCGGAGGACGGGGCUGCUGUCAGAAAUGGCAAGAUGAGGGUGGGAGACGAGAUCCUGGAGAUUAACGGUGAGAGCACAAAGAACAUGAAGCAUUCACGUGCCAUUGAACUGAUCAAGAACGGCGGUCGGAGGGCGCGGCUCGUCCUCAAACGUGGAGACGGAUCCGUACCUGAAUAUGACGGCAGCAGUGACGGGCACCCUCCCACACCCGGGGCACAAAACACUCCGGAAGUGAGAACGCUGCCUCCUAACAGCCGAUAUCACACCUCAUUGGAGUCCAGUUAUCCACCAGACCUUCACAAACCAUCACGCCAGGAGGAGGCUGCGCGUGGCCGAGACAGGGACCGGGCCGGGUCAGAUCAGAUGGACUACCAAGGCCGGCAGUUUAUCCCCCACCAUCAUCACACCUGGAAUAACAAUCACAGUCAAAGCACCCCCAGACAGCAGUCUCCAGACAACAGUAACAACGGCAGCAGCAGCGGUGGCAACAAGAAGAGCCGAGGCCGCAAAGUCAAGAAGUCCGAGUCGGAGAGCGGCAUCUCUAAACUCCUAAAGACUCUGAGGAAGGACAUCGGGAAGAAGGCCGCCGCCGCCGAGAAGCUCAGGGGGCGAGAGCUCUCGGGCAGCAGUUCCACUUUGGACGGGAGGUUUCGUCAGCAGCGCCGCGGCUCCCUCGACCGCUCACCAACGCGGAAACGCGCCCCGUCUCCCGAUCGUCGGCGGGCCAAGUCGAUGGACCGCAGGGCGGAGCGGGCGCACCGGGACCGAACGCCCGAGAGGGAGCACGACGACGGCGGGUUCCUCGCGGUGACGCCCGAGCGCAAGUUCUACGAGCGGAGGCUCCUCAAGGACUCUCAGCUGGUUGGUCGGGUCACGGAGGCCUCGACCCCCGAGCGCACCACCAACAACAACGGGGAUUCCUCGUCUCUUUCCAGGGGCCGCACGUACGACAGAGCCACGAAGAACGGCAACCUCCUGAGAGACUCUUCCCCGGAGAGGAUGGAGGAGCGAUACUCGGUGAACGGGACUCCGGAGCGACGGUACCGAUCGGAGCGGGACUCUUCCCCCGACAGCAACUACAGCCGGGACGAGGUGAACUACGCCGCAGCGCCAAGACUGAAGGAUUACUACGGCAUGAUGAAGAACAACGCCGCGCACAACAACGCCGCCUACAACAACUCGGGCCAUAACAAUAACGCAGCGGGCCGCGUCCCAAACCAGCUCCCUGAGCCCAAGAGGAGGCUGUACAAAGAAAGCCCCAAAGACCUCAGCAUCUAGAGCAGAGAUCCGCCUCGCCGCUCUCUCCUCUAUCUGUGCAUAUAUGUACAAUACACUGGAAUUGGACUUCUGAGGAUACUAAACUCUCGUGCUUUAUUUGGUCGACCGGUUUAUUGAUUUGACUUAACUACUUGUGAUCCCAUCCAGAGAUUCAUAAAACAGCAGGAGUACAAUCCUUCUCUCAGUUCAUGCUGGUCGUUUCGUCAUUGUUAUAGUUAUUUUGAACAUAACAUGAGGUUGUUGUACUAUUGUAAAGGUAUUGUACGUGCCUGCAUAUGAAAUCAGUGAUAUUGCUUUUUUGUAGGCAUUUUCCUGAAUCUAAAUAUUUGUUCCCUCAGAGGUGAAAUGAAACAUGCUUCCAGUCGUGGUAUCUUCUAAGCUUGUUUUCAACUUUUUUCUUUUUUUUUUAAGACGUCUGUUCCAUUCCUGAAUUGCUUCACUGAACAAACUAUAGCACAAGAAACUGAAAAAAUCUAAAUUUUAACAUCUGAUGGUAAAAGUAGAGUGAUAAUUAUAUAAAUAAUAUAUGACUUUUUGUUGCAUUUGCUCACUAUUUAUUUUUUUAAUUUGGCACAUAUGUUGAGCAAGCUUCCUUCUUUAAAGACUGAAGGAAGAAGAGCACACUGUAACCAGAAAAAGCAUGCUGUACCCUUGAUUGUGUUGCAUCCUUUAAAUGUGUGGCAGCUCACUUUCCUUUUGCCUAAAUACGCUCCCACACUACCCAAAUUAAGAAAAGAGAUCAGACAACUGGUGAGAAAAAAUUGGCAACGGCGUUAUUAGUUGCUCCUUUGGAGUGGGAUUAUAAAAAAUAACUUGAUUUUGUUGCUCAGCGAGUGCUGAUGUAGCAGGAAGAGGAACCUGAGUCACUUAACUUCAGGCAAAACUGUUCUGGUAGAUUCUCUGUAGCUGGAAAAUAGGAGUUAUCUAAAUUAGUUAGUCUGGAUGAGUCUGCGUAAUGCCACAAUACCAGCGUGAAGCUGCCAUUAAAUAUGAUUUUUCAGAUUUCCCCCCUAAAAAAACAAACAAAAUAUGUGUAAAUUAUCCCUGUGCAAGAUGCAUGUGUAAAUUUAAGUGUAGUUUAACCACUUUUCUCUGAUAGUUCUGAGUGAGAAUAAUCAAUAAGGAACACGCACAGUGAUUGUUGGCCCUGUCCUCAUGUUGAUGAUGACCACAUUUGCGCACCGAUCACCUCCUGGGUCACGACCCCGAACAGCUGAUGUGGUAAAUAAACGGAGAGAGUCCCGGUACAGGAGACGACCAAUCUGCCACGCUGAGCCAUGCCGUCACGCCACUGGAGUCUGACUGCUGCUUUAUGAUGUGUUUUUUGUGUGUAUUCUCUGUUUUAUGUUUCAUUGAAGAACUAAAAUAUAUUGGAUAAAAAAACCCACAACAAAUGCAUUGUUUGAUCACUGUUGUCGCCAUGGUACUGUAUUAACAAAACGAGAAAAAAUAGGAGAAAAAAAAUAAGAAACACAUUUAAGAAGUUGGCCAUCACCUGUAAAGAUUUUUUUUUUUUUUUCAAUGUAACUAUUAGGAAAACCUGUCGAGGAAUAAAAUGUUGCCUUUUUCUUGUACAAAAGAGAAAUUUAUGGAAAAACCUCAGCAGUGAGGAAUGUGAUAUUGUGUUUAUAUCUCUGAAAUGGACCUGCUGAUUUAUGGGAAAUAUGUUGAUUUUACUCUGGAUCAGGUAUGUAAAGACAUUUUAAAAAUGAAAGACUGUAUUUGGUCAAUCAGAAACUGUUUGAUGGUUUGAAUCUCUCUCGAUGGUUAGCCUGCCUUUGUAUUAUAAAGCACUUGUAUGCAGUCUGUGUUCUUCAAGCAUUAUUUCUUGCAAUGUGCUCCGGACAUAAUGCUGUCUCUGUGUUGAUAAAAGCAGUACAUGUAUAUGGGCCAAUCUUUUUUAUAAAACUAUGCAUAUAUAAAUACUACAUUGUUCAUAGCUUUAUUUGACCCAUGAAGCUAUACAUAACAUUAGUCUAAGUACAAGUAGAUGUGGACUUAUCCAGCUUCUUUCCUUGAGAUGGAUUACAAUGUAUAUGUAGCUAUCAAAAGAAGUCUGUGAAUGCUAUUUUUAUUAUCAAAUAAAGU